AUGGACUUCGUCAUACCGUUGCCUCAGUUAGUCCGGGGGAACACAGCACUACUCUUGUUCCAGUGCACGUUCUCGGGGUUCAUCAUGUGCAAAGCCAUGGCAAGCACUGAAGCCCAAGAUGUAGCCGAAGCCUACGAAGAAUGCGUGUUCCGGAGGUUCGGAGCCAGCGAAAUGAUCCGCCACGACCGAGACCCACGAUUCAUGAGUCGGGUGUUCAAGCACUUCCGGGAGAUGCUCAGGAGCAGACAGCGCGCGACCCUGGCUUACCGCCCCCAGGCUAACGGACAGCAGGAGAGGUCAGUGCAGACAGUGAUCCGAAGUGUCAAGGCCAAAGGCCGAGCCGAGGACCAUAACCGGAAAUGGAGACAACUCACGAACCGGCUCAAGGAAGGCUUUGAGGUCGGGGACUCGGUUUGGCUCUACCUAGCCCGGGUUCGCCCCGAACUCACCAAGAAGCUGGCUCAUCUUUGGCACGGUCCGUUCCGGAUCCUGGAAAAGGGUAACGACUACCGAUACCGCCUCCAAGUCGAAGGAACCGAAUACCGAUUUUACCCCUGGGUCCAUGUCAGCCGGCUGAAGCCCCGAGCUAAAUACCCGGAGCUACCCUCGGAGGCCAUGAGCAUCCCGGAGGACGACGACUUCGACGCCGCGCUGCUCCGUGAAGAUAGCUGGGAACCCGACGAAGGUUCUGGAGAAUACGAAGUGAAAGCAAUACUCGAUGUGCGUUGGGUCACUCGGACCCGCACUAGCCGGCGCGUCAAGGAAUACCAAGUGAAAUGGAAAGGGUAUGAAGCGCCAGACUGGGUUCCUCAGGGACGCCUCAAUUGCGGGAGGCUCCUCUACGAGUUCGACCAGGGAGAGCGAGCCCGCGUGCGUUUUCAGGCUAUGCAGUCUGGAGACGAGCUCCCGGACGAAGAAGUCCAGUAG